AUAUAAAAAUAGAUGCUUUAGUUUGCUAAUGACCCCGAUUUGCUGAAAAGAUGCUUCCAAGAAACUAGAGAUUCACGACAAUUUCUGGACCCAAUUUGGUUUUGACUGCCGCUGAAUUAGCCACGCGUCCGUUAUCGCGCCCGUCCGCGCGCUUAUCGGCGGAUUUCGUUGAUAUUUACAAACCCACAAGUCGAAGUGAAAUCGCGAGUGCGCAAUUGGAUUUGAACAAGCAUGGGUGGCUUCCAAGAGCUGUGGGAUCGCGUCCUGGACGCUACAGGUCACGAUUACCGGGGGUUGUGGAUUUACGGCACCACACUGUACUCGGUCCUAGUGGUCACCGCCGUUGGAGGGUUGUUCCUGUUCAUGGACGUAACCGGGUUCCCGAAGUUUAUGAGAAAGUACAAGAUCCAGCCUGGAACGAACGAUCCGUUGACUGCGGAACAGUUGAAAAAGCUGAUCAAAACGGCCUUCAUAAACUUGGUUCUCGUUGGCACGCCAACCUUUGCGAUGUGUUACUCGCUAUCUGAAGUUACGAAUCGUCUUCCCGAUAUGAGAUCGCUACCGACGAUCGGCCAGAUCGCCUACUCGAUCCCGGUCUGUAUCCUGUGCUCCGAAGUAGCGUUCUACUACAGCCACCGUUUGCUGCACUACAAGUUUCUGUACAGGCUGAUCCACAAGAAGCACCACGAGUGGACCUCUCCGGUGGCCGUGGCCGCUGUCUACGCUCAUCCGAUUGAGCACGUGUUCAGCAACGUGCUGCCCCUCUACCUCGGUGUCCUGCUGACCGAAGCCCACCUUGUCACGGUGUGGAUCUGGGCGACCAUCGCACUGUUUGGAACACUCCACGAUCACUCUGGAUAUCACCUGCCAUUUCUGGGCAGCCCCGAAUUGCACGACUUUCACCAUCUGAAAUUCAACCAGUGCUACGGUGCGAUUGGUCUGCUCGAUUGGCUGCACGGGACGGACACCCAGUUUCGACGCUCCAAAGCCUUUCUGAGGAAUCGACGCCUUAUUGGAACGGCGUCCGCCCGGGAACUCUACCCGGAUGAUGAGACCAAGUGAGCAAGUUCGAUCUAUAAAGUGAAUUAGUGAAAUCAAAAGAGUGAACC